AUGCCGCUAAAGGGCCUUCUGGCAGGCAAAACCGCGAUUAUAACAGGGGGAACAACUGGUAUCGGACGGGCCAUCUGCCUCGGCUAUCUUCGUCAGGGAUGCAACGUUGUUGUUAACCAUCUCGGCCUGGAAAGGGACCAGAAGCACCUAGACUCGCUCAUAGCCGAAGCGGGUGCCAUCCUAGCAGAGGACCCUACCGCUGGUCGUCUUGCUCAUGAGGCUGGAGACGUGCGUCAGGUUGCAACAGCGGCCAAGCUGGUGGCCACGGCGGUUGAACAUUCUGGCCCGGCACGGCGUCUCGAUAUCUGCGUCUCCAACGCCGGAGUGUGUACUUUUGCCGACUUUCUGACGCUGUCGCCAGACUUGCUGGAGACCACGUUUAGGACGAAUGUUGACGGAGCCUUUUACAUCACGCAGGCGGCCGCUCGACAGAUGGCACUGCACCAGAGCCCCUCCGGCGGCAGCAUCAUCGGCAUGUCGUCCAUCUCGGCGCUGGUUGGUGGCGGUCUACAGACACAUUACACACCGACCAAAGCUGGUGUGACGAGUCUGAUGCAGAGCACCGCAGUGGCUCUGGGCAAAUACGGCAUCCGCUGCAACGCGUUGCUUCCAGGGACGAUUCGAACGCAGCUGAACGAGGAGGAUCUGGCUGAUGACGCCAAGCGGAGCUACAUGGAGGGCAGGAUACCUCUUGGGCGAACGGGCGAUCCGGUGGAUUUGGCGGGGCCGGCCAUCUUUCUUGCUUGCGAGGAGCUGAGUGGUUACGUGACGGGUGCGCAGCUGCUGGUGGACGGCGGUCUGUUUGUUAAUCUACAGUAG